UCCACUGCUCUGUGUCCGCUUCUCUGGAGCAGCAGAAAACAACCUUUCUCCCUCCUCUAUAUGACAUCCUUUUAUAUAUUUGAACAUAGCUAUCAUAUCACCCCUUAACCUUCUCUUCUCCAGGCUAAACAUACCCAGCUCCCUAAGCCGUUCUUCAUAAGGCAAUGUUUCCAGGCCUUUGACCAUUUUCAUUGCCCUCCUCUGGACACAUUCCAGCUUGCCAGUAUCCUUCUUGAACUGUGGUGCCCAGAACUGGACACAGUACAGUGGUACCUUGGUUUACAAACACAAUUGAUUCUGGAAGUCUGUACUUAACCUGAAGUGAACUUUCCCAUUGAAAGUAAUGGAAAGUGGAUUAAUCUGUUCCAGACUGGUCCGCGGAGUACUUAAACUGAAGCGUACUUAACCCGAGGUAAGAGUGUAAUUGGGUCUGGAAGUCCAUACUUAACCUGAAGCGAACUUUCCCAUUGAAAGUAAUGGAAAGUGGAUUAAUCCAUUCCAGACAGGUCCGCAGAGUACUUAAACUGAAAAUACUCAAACCGAGGUAUACUUAAACCGAGGUAUGACUGUACGCCAGGUGAGGUCUGACCAGAGCAGAAUACAGUGGUACUAUUACUUCCCUUGAUCUAGAUGCUAUACUCCUAUUGAUGCAGCCCAGAAUUGCAUUGGCUUUUUUAGCUGCUACAUCACACUGUUGACUCAUGUCAAGUUUGUGGUCUACCAAGACUCCUAGACCUUUUUCACAUGUAGUGCUCUCAAGCCAGGUGUCACCCAUCCUGUAUUUAUGCCUUUCAAUUUUUUUGCCCAAGUGUAGUACUUUACAUUUCUCCCUGUUAAAAUUCAUCAUGUUUGCUUUGGCCCAGUUGUCUAAUCUGUUAAGGUCAUUUUGAAGUGUGAUCCUGGUAGCAUUGUCUAGCCCACAUUUUACCAGCUUCUUUACAAGAAUACCAUGGGGCACCUUGUCAAAGGCCUUGCUGAAAUCAAGAUAGGCUACAUCCACAGCGUUCCCUUCAUCUACCAGGCUUGUAAUUCUGGCAGAGUAUAGUGUCCAGAUCAAGACAAGUAAUAGUACCACUUUAUUCUGCUGUGAUCAGACCACACCUGGAAUUCUGUGUCCAAUUCUGGGGACCACAAUUUAAGAAGCUUGUUGACAAGCUGGAGCACGUGCAGAGGAGGACAACCAAGAUGGUCAAGGGUCUGGAAACCUCAUGAGGAAUGGUUGAAGGAGCUGAAUAUGUUUAGCCUGGAGAAGAGGAGACUGAGAGGAGAUAUGAUAGCCAUUUUCAAAUAUCUUAGGGGCUGUCACACGGAGGAUGGAACGGGCUUGUUUUCUCCUGCCCUGGAGUGUAGAACUUGAAUGGCUUCAAGUUGCAAGAAAGGAGAUUCCGACUAAACAUCAGGAAGAACUUUCUGGCUGUAAGGGCUGUUCGACAGUGGAAUGGACUCCCUUGGGAGGUGGUGGACUCUCCUUUAUUGGAGGUUUUUAAGCAGUGGUGGGAUGGCCAUCUGUCAUGGUUGCUUUAGCUGAGAUUCCUGCAUUGCAGGGGGUUGGACUAGAUGACCCCCAGGGUCCCUUCCAACUCUACAAUUCUAUGGCACCCACCAGGUCUCUGAGCAAAAGAGCAUCAUGUAAUUAAAUAAUGGCUAUGUGGUUUUAUGUGACAGAAACUUCUCUUUAGAACAGAAGUGGGGAGUUUUGGCCCUUCCAGUUUUCCCUGACACCUACCUUGGGAGGGUGGAGGUACUGGGUUCGUGGGAAAGUUUUGCUUAGCUGGGAGGUUGGGGUGGCAUGGAAGCUUGGAAGCAAAUGUGGCUGUUUGGCUUUAGAACAAAGCCCAGGGUAAAGGAUGCUUAGAAACUCACAGGAUUGGCUUGUGCUGCAAGGGGUGAGGGAAGUCUUUUGUGGUGAAGCCAAAUGCAAAGCAGAUGGGGAUUGUGAAAUUAAAUUGUGACAUUUCAGGAUAACGGAGGCUGAGCCUUCUCAGACCCCUGCCAUUCCCAAAGUUGCAAUCUUCCAAUGCUUUUUUAGCAAAACAAAAUUGGCUGUUGUGGGGUUUGCAUGAGUCUGCCUCUCUAUGGUAAAUGUUCAGCAAAAUGUACUGUGCAGCACGGGAGCAGAAAAUGCAUUAUAGGAACAACAUUUAUAUGUGUGUUUUCAAGCCCGAAAACAUUUAUGUCCAACACAUUUCUUUGGUGAAACUUGGGUUCUCCACAAACAUUUGCUGUGAGAAGACCAGGUAUUUGCCUAUAUCAGUGUGCCCCCCCCCCCGGGCUGCUUACACUUUAAUUCAGAAUGCAGUUACUUUCCUCUAUACCAAAACAGAAUGUGCUUCUCUUAAGCUGGGAACACAAUAAGAAAAUGUCCUCUGUUAACGUGACUUGUCAGGGUGCAAACGAAGUGUUGUCUUCCUGGCUAGCUCAGCACUGUGUGAACACAUGCUCCACAACAGCAGCCAUGCAAGGGGUGACCCCCAAAAUAGUCCAGUGGUGAAGCAGUGGGGAGGGGGGGCAGGGGGCACUUUCACAUAAAGGAAGUGUUGUUUCAAAACAAGUUAACAUAUAAAGUGAUCACAGCAAGCUUGUUACCUGCUGCCAGCGAUACGCUUUUCCAGGAGAUUGCGUCAGACAAUCAUGAGGGGUUAGGAAACGGCUGUUCGUUUGAAAGCUAAAUCUGGGAGCCCGUGGGUGCCGGCUUCAUGUGCUGGGUAGCAGAUUGUGCUCCAUGUGAAAAUUCUGUGGGCGUGCACUUCUGUGUGUUCUUUUAUACUUGUUGCUAAAAAGCAUGCAUACUGUGACAGGGACCUGGAGGUCAGCCCUUUCGUUUGCCUCUGGUAUCUUUCUCCUUGCAGGCCCCUGGAUGAGGCACAGCCAGAACUCCUCCGGCGGCACACUCACGAAUGGCUUCUCCUCAUCCUCUCCAGACCCCGGCCCUGCAGGUGGGGGUGGGAGGGGAGACCUCCUGCCUCUCUCCCACAGCAUGACAACGAUGCUUGCCUCUCGCAGGAAAAGGCUCGGAGGCAGAGCCAUGGCCGAGGCUCGGGGCACCAUCAAGGUGGACCUCCCCAACCAACAGCGCACAGUGGUGACUGUCCGGCCGGGUACAACUGUCUACAGCUCCCUAGACAAGGCCCUGAAGGUCCGUGGGCUCAACCAGGACUGCUGUGUGGUCUACAGGAAAAAGAGCGAUGGGCGAAAGACCAUCACAGAUUGGGAGACGGACCUGGUCAACCUGGAGGGGGCUGAGCUCUCUGUGGAAGUCUUGGAGGACCUGCCACUUACUAUGCACAACUUUGUGCGGAAGACUUACUUCAAUUUGGUAUUCUGCGAUUUCUGCCUUAAGUUCCUCUUCCAUGGCUUCCGCUGCCAGACUUGUGGCUACAAGUUCCACGAGCACUGCAGCAGCCGAGUACCUACGGUCUGCUUGGACCUGGCCACUACGCAUAAGCCUGUUUACAGCCAUGAUCCAGGUCAGCAUCCUCCAUUCUGGCACGACAGUGUUCCGACUACCCCAGUGCAGCCGAGUCACGAACCAGGGACCCCUCAUGCUGUCAGCCCAAGAAAGCUGCCCCCCUUCAGCCCAGAUGCCUUCAGCUUCCUCAGCCUCCAAGGGGGCGGGCAGCAGCUCCAACGGCACCGCUCAACCUCCACCCCAAAUGUCCACAUGGUCAGUACCACCAGCCCCGUGGAUAGUGACCUGCUUGAGCUCAUAAGCAGGAAUCAUAACAACACAGAGGGCCUAGGUGCGCUUGAGCCGCCUCCUUGCACCCCGCCGGCUCCCCCAGCUUCCAGCAUGGCUGCUGUUUCAUCUGGCCGACGCUCCCCACACCCCAAGUCCCCCGGCGAGUCCCCCAGGGAGCGCAAGGCCCCUGCCGAAGACAAGAAGAAACCGAAAUCCCUGGGCUACCGGGACUCCAGCUAUUACUGGGAAGUCUGCCACACCGAGGUGACGAUGCUGAAGCGCAUAGGCACUGGAUCGUUUGGCACUGUCUUCCGGGGCCGCUGGUAUGGGGAUGUGGCGGUCAAGAUCCUGAAGGUCACCAACCCCACCAGCGAGCAGGUGCAGGCCUUCAAGAAUGAGAUGCAGGUGCUCAGGAAGACCCGCCACGUGAACAUCCUGCUCUUCAUGGGUUUCAUGACCCGCCCCAAGUUUGCCAUCAUCACCCAGUGGUGCGAAGGCAGCAGCCUGUACCAGCACCUGCAUGUGCAAGAAACCCCCCUGGAGAUGGUGCAGCGGAUUGACGUGGCCCGGCAGACGGCCCAGGGCAUGGCUUACCUGCAUGCUAAGAACAUCAUCCACCGGGACCUCAAAUCCAACAACAUCUUCCUGCACGAAGGCUUGACCGUGAAGAUUGGCGACUUUGGCCUUGCCACCGUGAAGACGCGCUGGAGCAGCUCACAGCAGGUGGAGCAGCCCAGUGGCUCCAUACUUUGGAUGGCCCCUGAGGUGAUCCGAAUGCAAGACCCCAACCCCUACAGCUUCCAGUCAGAUGUCUACUCCUAUGGAGUUGUUCUCUACGAGCUGCUCUCCGGGACCCUCCCCUACCGCCACAUCAACAACCGGGACCAGAUUAUAUUCAUGGUUGGCCGGGGGUACCUGUCCCCUGACGUCAGCAAGGUGCCCAGCAAUUGCCCCAAAGCCAUGCGCAGGCUGAUGGGCGACUGCCUUAAAUUCAAGCGUGAAGAGAGACCCCUCUUUCCUCAGAUUUUGGCCUCCAUUGAGUCACUCCAACGUUCUUUGCCGAAGAUCGAACGCAGUGCCUCUGAGCCCACACUCCAUCGGCUGGGUCACAACGAAGACCUGACUCCCUUCGGUUUCCCUGCUGCCUUGCGGCUCCACAGCUAACGUGGCUUGACUGGAACUGCUGCCAAAGACCACGUCCCCCUCGAGGCCAGUGUCUGCAACUCGCGGCCCUCCCUGGGCGGGCAGAGGAGCCGGUCAAUCCCAGGAGGGCAGCUGCAUCCCUGGCAUCUGGGUGUAUCGCCCAGGUCUGUGUGCAGAAAGAUGCUGGGGCUGGGGGGGUCCACCUGGAUGUCACUCUCACUCCAAAGCCUGCAGUCCUACGAGGGGGUCGCCAAAGCAGGAAACACAUUGAUACAUCCCUGCUCUGUAAUGACUUUGGCUUCAUUGUCCCCAGAUGUAUUCUCUUUGGGGGCUUAUCCUGUUUCCAGGAUGUUGUAGGUGUCAUUUGUUUGUUUGCUUGGGAACUUCAGUAGGAGAGAAAAGCAUUGGAGGGCUGAAAGAAGGACGGUGGUCUGCGAAAAAUGAGCUGGAGAUGGUGUAAUAAAAAAGGCUAAGCCCUGUC